AUGCCGGUGGUGGGCUGGGUCCUGCUCUACAUCCUAAAGAAGGACAAUCUCAUCAACAAGCUUGUCUCCGAAGCUGAGAUCCCCGAGCCGCCACUGUUUACCUCGACCCACCGCUGGGAAGACACCCCGGAGCAGAACGUCAGCCUGACGAAGCCCGGCCUGUCGACGGCCGAGCGUGUCCGGGAGGCCAUCGACUGCCUCCCCGCGCGCCAAAUCAGAUUCAGUACUGUUUUAGGCGCAGUAGUUUUUCAGUACUGUUUUGGAGUAGUGGUUGCAAGAUUUAGAGUACAUUUAAGACAAGUAAUCUUGCAUUUUCUUGAUUUGUUUUGCUUCAUGUUCCAGCUGAAAACUGAAUGUACAAUGUUUCUGUAG